UUUCCAGAAGAGGUUAGGCGCAAAAUUAUUCUGGGACCUGGGAAAGAAUGUUUCUUCCACUUGCACAUGGGCCAAAUUGGAAAGUGAGAAACCAAAUUUCAUCGUUAAUGUUCUGAAGAAGCAGGCAACACUUAUACCAAAAUCAACAUGCCACCACCAUGGAAGAUGAUGAAUGCUUCUGGCCCUGAGGUUGCAACAAAUGGUUCUGGAGAAUCUGAUGCUCCUUGGCAGAAAAGCUUUCAAAAAGCAGAAGAAAGACCAUCAAAUGGGAGUCACACCAGUAGAGGCUUUGGAAACUUUGAUAGCAGCAAUGCAGGGACUGGAAAUCAAAUAAAAAUCAUGUUUUGGCCAGCAACAGCUACUGAAGAAGAUUUGAGAACACUGUUUUCUGAUGCUGGAGAAAUAAAGAGAGCAAGGGUUUUGACGCCAAGAGAAGGGAGAGACAUUACAUUGUCCUUUGUAACAUUUGGAUCUGAUGGGGAAGCCCAAGCAGCAGUCUCGCAAUUCAAUGGUCACGAGGUUGAAGGUAGACGCAUAAGGGUGGAGCUUGAUGGCGCAGACAACAAGAGGCAACAGGAAAGGCCGCAAACAGGCUCACUAACUUCAAACCAGAUAAAAGUAUUUUCCUGGCCAGCAUCCUUAACUGAGGACGACAUGCGAACGCUUUUUGACGCAGCUGGCAACAUACAGAGAGUGAAGGUCUUGCCCGCUCGAGAAGAUAGAGAUAUCACCCUUGGCUUUGUUACUUUUUCGAGCAAUGAGGAGGUUGCGAGGGCAAUAGAAACUUUCAAUGAGCACGAGAUUGAGGGAAAGAGGCUUCGAGUAGAGGACAGUGAAAAAGGCUCUGGAACGAGGGCUUCUUCAAAGCCUGAAGAAGGUGGGUUCAGUGGUGGAUUCAAUGCUGGGUUCAAUGCUGAACGAUUUCAGAAGGGAAGUCGGGCUGAAGUGCAGGUCCGAAGUUGCCCUGCCUCUGUUAGUGAGGAUGAACUAAAAGAGGUUUUUUCUGCUGCUGGAACUGUUAAAAACGUGAAAAUUCUUCCGCCAAGAGAUGGAAUGGACAUUACCCUUGCCUUUGUAGCAUAUGAUUUGGAAAGUGAAGCCGCAAGUGCUGCUGAGAAAUUUGAUGGGUUUGAGUUGAUGGGGAAGCGGCUGCGUGUCGGUUUGAAAGAAAAUCGAUCACAGAAUGGUUCAAACGGAUCACAGGAUUCUGCAAAGCCGUGGGGAAGGUCUGGUGGUAGCAAUGAAACUAGUCAGGCAUCAAAUGAAAGUGGUGCAAAACCAUGGGGUCAGCCAACAUCAAAAGCAGAUGCACAAUCAUUUCGUCCAUCUGGCUUUGGAACAAGUCGUAGUGAGCCGAAAGAUGAUGGCAUUUUCAUCGAGGAUGGGGAAAUGAAUGAUGGCUUUGCAUUCAAACCAGCACGUGCUCCUGUUAUCUACAUUCCUCCACCGCCUCCAGAGAAUGAAAACGGCAUUUUCAAUGACACAUGUCAUCAAGGAAUCAAUUUCGAAAAAUACGAAUCGAUUCCAUUCGAGGUGACAGGAAGGGAACCUCCCAAGGGAAUCAAUACAUUCGAUGAGUCAGGUUUGCAUCAAGUAUGCAUCGAUAAUCUCAGAAGAGCAAAAUACAAAACGCCGACUCCGAUUCAGAAGAGUGUGCUGCCUGCUGUGUGUGCUGGUCGUGAUGUUAUGGCUUGUGCCCAAACUGGCUCUGGCAAGACGGCGGCCUACCUGCUUCCUGUCAUCUCUAAUCUCAUGAAAAAUGGAGUGCAAGAAGCGGAUACAUGUGAAUCGGCUUGCCCUAACGUUUUGAUUAUCACGCCGACACGUGAAUUGGCUAUUCAGAUAUUUUUGGAAGCAAGGAAGUUCGCAUAUGGCAGCAGACUGCGAACGGUUGUGAUAUAUGGUGGAGUGAGUGUCUCGCAUCAGCUUGGAACACUGAGUGAUGGCUGCAAUAUUUUGGUUGCUACUCCUGGUAGAUUGAAUGACUUCAUUGAAAGACGGCGGGUUUCGCUCUCGAAUAUACAGUUCUUUAUACUGGACGAGGCUGAUCGCAUGCUGGAUAUGGGCUUCGAAUCAACUAUCAGAAACAUUGCAGGUAACAGUAAUUUGCCAGGGAAAGAAGCCCGGCAAACCCUGAUGUUGAGUGCCACAUUUCCGGAGAGUAUCCAACUGCUCGCUGCCAAUUAUCUCAAUGAUUAUAUUUUCAUAACUGUUGGCCGUGUUGGCAGUGCAAGUUCGGAUAUCGCACAGUCAGUCGUGGAAAUUCCAGGUUCAGAGAAGAGAACGAAGCUUGAAGAGAUCCUCUUAGAAUCAGCUGGUGAAAGAAUCCUCGUUUUUGUGGAGACAAAAAGAAGCGCCGAUUUUCUUGCAAGUUUUCUCUCACAAAGGAAUUUUCCAGCCACUAGCAUCUCAAGCGAUCGAUCUCAAGAAGAACGGGAAUGCGCUCUUAGAGAUUUUAGAACUGGAAAAGCGCCUGUUCUAAUUGCGACAGCAGUUGCUGCAAGAGGACUAGAUAUUCCAAACGUGAAGCAUGUCAUCAAUUUUGACCUGCCAUCAGAAAUUGACGAAUAUAUCCACAGGAUUGGAAGGACAGGACGAAUUGGCAACCAAGGCCGUGCAACUGCAUUUUUCGAUCGAACUAAAGACCAGAGGUUGGCAAGGGGUCUUGUUAAAGUACUGUCUGAGGCCCGGCAAGAGGUUCCAGAAUGGCUGGAAGAAUUAGCAAUGUCGGCCGUUGGGACAGGAUUUGGUCCAAGUGGUGACCAGUUUUCAUCUAGAGACAGAAGAAAGCAAAACAGAGAUGGGUUUAGGAUGCACACCAACUCUAAUGGAAACUCGGAAGGCUCUGUCGAUAGGCAGCCACUCAGAAAUGGUUCAAGUGCUGGCAUUAAGCCCACAUCUUCAGAAAGCAAAGCUGAAGCCGAAGACGACAUGUGGUGUUAAAGUGUUCUGUCGAAGCAUUCUGUCGAGCAUCCUGUCAUCGCUAGACCUUUGUCAUCAGACCCUGCUUUCACAUCAGACCAUGACUCGUCAGAUCAUUGACCAUUUGUAGUGCAGGCACUUCAGAAACUUGUUGAGUGUCAACACUAGCUUGCAGAGUUACCGUAUAUGCUAAUCCUCGUUUUGUUGCCUUUUAUAGAUUUUAUAUCAUUCAUCUGUAAAUAUAUAAACUCUUAGCAUGUUUCUACCUAUACAUUAAAAGCCCUGGCCAAUAGAAAUAACCUUUCAACUGAGCAGUAUCCGACACGGCAUCUUAGUUGGACUGUUUGGCUUUAUUCGAUGUUAUUCUUAUUUGCUACUUACCAUUAGUUCAUCAAGUGAAAAGAGUUGAACAAGUUGUGUGCUGCUCGAUCGAAAUUUCCACUCUUCUGGCCAGGGCCGCAGUAUGCUUGAAUAUGCUCUCAAUGCCAAUUGAGAAAUUAGGCAAGCGAUGUCGUUAAUAAGGAAACGGCGUUUGCCCUAGGAACGUGCCAGGGGCAUCUCUUUUGGGUGCACAUGAAGGUGUGAGGGGCCAUUAUUGCGUGUAAUGUGCUAUUUCUCAUUUAAUUCCUUGUUAAUAUGCAUUCAUAUGUGCAGCUACAGCUAGGCAGGGUAAGGUUAAGGGUAAGGUCAGUAUAUCCUCGGUUAACGUAUUUCAGUUUUCUGGCGUCACUUUGAGCUGGUAGCACUACGCUUCUUUAUUUUCCUUUGGCUGCAAAUAUUGAAUUAACGUUACUACGAAAUGAGGCUUCCAGGCAACUAGAACUCCCCUCCACGUGUGUGAACCAAGUAGUCAUGUAAAAGCUUCCAAUUACUGUCCAAGCGAAUUUGCAAACGGAAAAGCUAAAUUGGAGGUUGGCUUAUAUAUAAAUAUGUUUUGUUGUUUUUUCUUAAUCAAGGUAGUUUUGUUUUUUAAGUGUAAAUGACAGUUAAAUUAUCUUAUUCUCUUUGCUUCACUAAAUUCAUUUUCGCAAAUGUUAAAUUCUUUUUGUAAUUGGUAAAGUUGGAGCAACAGAUGACGCAGCCUCGAGAGAACGCAUCCUCUUAAAAAAUCUGCCACUAACAGAGUAAAGCGUUCAUACAGCAACAACCAUAUCUGUUAUUAGCAUCUGGCAUAACAAUGGUAAUCUUGAUAGGACAGUAUCAUGCCCAGAUAUUUUGCCAAAGCUACUUCACAUGGGUUUUGAUUUUUAUUCCCAUUUGUUUUUUUUUUACUUUUCUAACCUUCGAUGCUUCUUAAGAAUUUGAAAUUUGCAGAAGAUUGUCGAAGGACAAUCACUGUGGAGCUUUGCGCACGCAUCAGACAUAAGAAAACAUUUAGUGAACUUAAAAAGGGAAUGAAUUAAGGUGUUAGAUUUUACGGAUAGUAGAAUAGUAUGUAGUAUUUAGAAAAGAAGUUGAAUAUUCAGAACAAUUCUAAUUCUAGCGUAAGCCUCGAAUUUCAUAAAGAUAUUUGAGUUACAUCGUUGAUUUAGUCAAUAUUUGCUUUUAAUUGUUAUGUUCAUAUCUCGAAAUGUUACUGUUUUGAAA